AUGAACCCGACAAUUGUUUUACUAUUCUCUGGUAAAAGAAAAUGCGGUAAAGAUUUUAUAACUGACCAUUUACAAGCCAAAUUAGGUGAUAAAUGUGAAAUUAUAAAGAUUUCUUUACCAAUAAAAAGUUACUGGGCGAAGGAAAUGAAUUUAAAUUUGAAUGAGCUACUGAGUGAUGGUGCACUAAAGGAAAAUUAUAGACUUGAAAUGAUCAACUGGAGUGAUAAGAUGAGAGAGAAAGAUUAUGGCUGUUUUUGUAAAGUUGCUUGUGAAAACGCUAAAGGAAAACCAAUAUGGAUAGUGAGUGAUGUGAGACGUGGUACAGACAUACAGUGGUUUAAAGAAAACUAUGGCAAUAAAAUCAAAACUAUUAGGCUUAUUGCUGAUGAAGAUACAAGAAGAGAAAGAGGCUACAAAUUUAAAAGUGGGGUUGAUGAUGUGGCGUCUGAAUGUGGCUUAGAUAAUUAUAGUGGUUGGGACUUAGUUAUUGAAAAUGGCAGGAAUAGAGAUUCAAUAGAAAAACAGCUGGAGAAAAUAAUCUCAUUAAUUUCAGUAUAG